AUGUUUGUAUUAAAAAGGGGAAUACUUGACAUUUUGUCUGAUAAUGGCGAGCACUAUUCCAGAUUAACCCAAGGAGGGAUAUUUGGUGAAAUGGCUAUAUUGAAACCUUUAGGGCCGUUGGGGAAGUUGCUAGCGAGGAGACGUUAUUCUCUCCGUUCUGUUGGGUAUUCAGAGGUUUAUUUACUUAGUCAAGAAGAUGCCUUAGAUGUAUUUUCGGAUUAUCCUGCAACCUCUCUAUUACUCGAAAACAACGAAAUUUGCUUGGAGGAUUUAGUUGAAAAAACAAAAUUUAAUCCGUUUGAGUUAAGCGGAACGGAAAGUGUUAAUGAAAUAUUUCAAUUACUCAAAGAAACAUUGGAUAAACUAGAUAAGGAAUUAGACACAGUUUAUGUCAAGUUUGCGGGUAGCAGUUCAUCCUUAAAAAAGCAGGUGACAAAACUAGAAGGUUUAUAUCUCGAGAACCGUCAGUUACUUAAAAAUACUUUUAUGAGAACAACAAAGAAUCUAAAGAAAAUUUAA